CUGGGAGUGAGUGAGCGAGCGCUCUCGCGGAGUUACAAACUGGAUGGAGAGAUUGAAGUAGAUACUUUAGUUAUAUUAAGUGGAUUUUGACAGCGGAUCUCUGGCUUUGGUCUGACGGCGUUUCCUACUGGAUCUUAUAGCUUGCCCACUGGGAAAAUAAAUCACUAUCUACAAGAAAGAAAGCUGGCAUGCGCUAAUAUGGAAACCAAACCAUUCUUGUCUCUGGGGCUCCUGAAAAACCCCUGCACAGUAGCGCGGAGCUGGUCGGGCGACGCUGGCAGUUCGCCCAAUGGCUGCUCUGGCUUCAUGGGGGCGUACCCGCUACAACAGCGCAGGAUAUCCACAGACUCCUCCGGUCAGCUCUCGUCGCCUCCUUUGAGCUCCUCCAUGGGUCACCGAGGCAUCAGUAACCAUCCUCUGCACCAGCCCCUGCUCAGCCCGUCUGCCAUGAGCUCCAGCCCGGGUCAGCUGCACUCGCCCAUCAACGGCCUGUCCUCGCCGUUCCCCGUCAUCAGCUCGCCCUUGGGCCAUCCCUCCAUGAGCGGCCCGUCCUCCACCAGCAUGUCCUUCAGACCCAGUCUAAGCCCACAGCUCAGUUCGCCCAUGAAUGCAGUCAGUAGUUCGGAGGACAUUAAACCCCCUCUGGGUCUGAACGGGAUGAUGAAGGUCCCGGCACAGCCCACAGGCACAUCCCUCUCCCUCACAAAACACAUCUGUGCCAUUUGCGGAGACCGUUCAUCAGGUAAACACUACGGGGUGUACAGCUGUGAGGGAUGUAAGGGCUUCUUCAAGAGAACGGUGAGAAAGGAUUUGACGUACACUUGCCGAGACAACAAGGACUGUUUAAUCGACAAACGGCAACGCAACCGCUGCCAGUACUGCCGCUAUCAGAAGUGCUUAGCCAUGGGAAUGAAGAGAGAAGCCGUUCAGGAGGAGCGGCAGCGGGCGAAGGAGCGGAGCGAGGCUGAAUUCGGCAGCUGUGCCAACGAGGACAUGCCCGUGGAGAAGAUUCUGGAUGCCGAACUGGCAGUGGAACCAAAGACGGAGACCUACGUGGAGGCCAACCUGAGUCCGCCUGCCAACUCUCCUAACGACCCUGUAACAAACAUCUGCCAAGCAGCUGACAAGCAACUCUUUACCUUAGUGGAGUGGGCCAAGCGGAUACCUCACUUUUCUGAUCUCCCGUUGGACGAUCAAGUCAUCCUCCUUCGAGCAGGGUGGAAUGAACUCCUGAUUGCCUCUUUUUCGCAUCGUUCCAUAGCUGUAAAGGAUGGGAUAUUAUUAGCUACAGGCCUUCACGUCCAUAGAAACAGCGCACAUACUGCCGGUGUGGGAGCCAUCUUUGACAGAGUGCUGACAGAGCUUGUGUCAAAGAUGAGAGACAUGCAAAUGGACAAGACUGAACUUGGAUGCCUGCGGGCCAUUGUUCUGUUCAAUCCAGAUUCAAAAGGACUGUCUAAUCCAUCAGAGGUGGAGGCAUUAAGAGAAAGAGUGUAUGCUUCUCUAGAGGCCUACUGUAAACACAAAUACCCUGAUCAGCCUGGGAGAUUUGCCAAGCUGUUACUGCGUCUGCCUGCCCUGCGCUCCAUCGGCCUGAAGUGUCUUGAACAUCUCUUCUUUUUCAAGUUAAUCGGGGACACGCCCAUCGACACUUUUCUAAUGGAAAUGCUCGAGGCGCCACACCAAAUGACAUGAGGGAUUGAUUUCUUUUCAUCUCCGCCCCUCUGACAGAGGGUGCAGCUUAUGUAUAGAACACUACAGGAGGCCGGACAGGACACAUCUCUGAUCUCACUGGAGAGGACUGAACCGAGAGUAAUUCUACCUUGGCGUUUCUUCAGAAAACAUUGCGCAAUCCACAAAAUACUGAGUAACUGUUCAUUGCGGAAUACCAUACAGGAUGGAUUAAGUGAGGUUUAUUUCCUGGUUUGCAUGCACUUUGGGAAGUCU